UGUAGAGCGGUGUGCGUGGUAGAGGCACAUCGUGCGUGGCGCCCACACUCCAUACUUUAAAACGAUAUUUAUUAUUUAUUCCAAUGUAUCACUGACAAGUGGUUUCAAAGGCAUUUACGGAAGCAUUAAGACUUCCACAAAAAGGGCAGCUUCAUAUGAAAAUGUCUACAAAAUCAACUAUUUAUACCAUUCUCAACACUGUAGUCGUUUACCUUCGGCUCUUUCUCGACAAAAUGUUGGACUUCCUGUUCUCACUGUACUGGGACGACAAGAAGCAGAUCAUUCCAGACUUGGAUAAGAGGCACGCGAUCCUCACGGAAAGCGCCGUGACCCUUGCCAAGAAGAUCAAGGCGAAGGAGCUCAAGUCAGAGGACCUGGUGCGAGCCGUUAUUGAGAGGAUAAAAGAGGUCAACCCGAUAAUAAACGCGAUAGUGAGUGACAGGUACGAAGCCGCGCUUGAGGACGCCAGGCAGGUCGACAGGCUGGUCGCUGCGGGACUUUCUGAUCAAGAUGCUGACAAACCUUUCUUAGGUGUGCCGUUCACGACAAAAGAAAGCCAGGAGAUAAAAGGCUUCUGCAAUACGAUGGGGCUGUGGUCGCGUCGCAACGUUGUCUCCAAGGAGGACAGCGACGCGGUCAUGCUGCUGAAGAGUGCCGGCGCCAUCCCGCUCGCCGCCACCAACCUGCCGGAGUUACUCAUUUGGCAAGAGACCCGCAACCCGGUGUACGGCAUGACCCUCAACCCGCACCACACGGGCCGCUCGCCAGGGGGCUCCAGCGGCGCCGAGGCCGCACUCUGCGCUACCUUUGCUACACCCAUUAGCCUCUGUUCGGACAUCGGCGGCUCGACGCGCAUGCCGGCGUUCUACUGCGGCAUGUUCGGGCACCACCCCACCGCAGGCAUCACCAGCAUUAAGGGUGUGUUUUUCCGCAAGGGCGACGAGGGCGACACCAUGUUCUGUCUGGGCUUCAUAUCGCGCUGCGUGGAGGACCUGGCGCCGCUCACCAAGGUCAUCGCCGGAAACAAGGCGCACCUCCUCAACCUCGACAAGAAUGUCAAUAUUAAGGACAUUAAAUUCUACUACAUGGAGUCUGCCGACGAUCGCCUGGUCAGCCCUGUCCGCCAGGAGAUGAAGAACGCUAUGCAAAGGGUGGUGAGCAAGCUGAGCGAGGAGGUGAGCGCUCCGGAGCGGUACUCGCACGCGGGCUUCCGGCACAUGUACCGCCUGUGGAGCUACUGGAUGUCCCGCGAGCCCGACGACUACAUGGCCUUGUACGGGGACGGGCAAACACCUAACGCCUUCCUAGAACUCGCCAAGAAGUGUGUGGGCAUGAGCCAUCACUGCCUGUUCACCAUCCUACGGCUGUUCGAGCUGAAAUACCUGCCCAACGUCGACACCGCCUGGGCCGAGAGCAUCACCAAGGAGAUGAAGGAAGAUCUAUUCGGCAAGCUGGGUGACAACGGAGUGCUGCUGCUGCCGAGCAGCCCGCACGCGGCACCCUUCCACUACUCAGCUGUGCUGCGACCAUUCAACUUCUCAUACUUUGGUAUCGUCAACGUGCUCAAGUGCCCGGCGACACAGGUGCCGCUGGGUACGAACAGCGUGGGUCUGCCGAUCGGCAUUCAGGUGCUGGCGGCGCCGCACAACGACCGCCUGUGCCUCGCCGUCGCCAAGUAUCUGGAGAAAGAGUUCGGCGGAGCUAUCAUGGCCUGCAAAGUUAAAACAUAAUGUAUUUUGUAUUUUUUUAAGUAAUUAAAUAAA